UUAAAUUGCCCUUACGAAAAAAGCUUGGUGGCCGAAUUUUAGCAGAAUAUGCACAAAAUACAACUAAAUCAAUUAAAGAAAUAGCUCAAAGUGACACAAAUAGAGUUACAUUGGCAUACGAUGGUUGGAAGAACAUAAAAAGAGAGUCAAUUUUCAGAAGUGUUUUAAUUAUCUCUAAGGGCAAGAUUCUCAUUUGGGGUGCAGAAGAUAUAUCAAAUGAACGUACAAAAUGGCCUGAUGUACAAUGUCGAACAGAAAAUAUGCUUGAUGAUCUAAAAAAAAAUAAAAUAAAAGUUAUUGCUAUUGUAACAGAUUGUGCAUCUGAAUAUGAAGCAGCCAG